GUGUGACCAGAAGCCAAAGUCCUUUGGGAUAAACAUUUCUCCUAAAAAUGAAGGACUGAGGAUCAAAGAUAGAAGGAAGUGAUAGGUGAGUAUGAGUAUCAGGUUUGUGGAUCCUGGAGACUAGAAGAAGCGUAGCAGGGUACACGGAAAGGCCAGCUGGUCAGGCUGCUGGGGUCUUACCUCAGCUGCCAUCAGUGGCCAAAAAAGCAGCAACUAUUGCCUGGAAAAUGGUCAGUCACACCCUUGGAUAAGAGGACAGUGCCCUUGAUCAUCAUCACUGCUGGGGAGAUAUAGGGAACUAUAUCUUGGAGUAUUCUAAAAUGGCCACACAAACCAGAAUUGGAGUCCAGAGUCAAGAUAAUGAAAGAUUUCCACAAGAUCUUAGCAUGAAAGGAAAUAUUGAUGCAGACUUUAAAAGGCAGAAAACUUUGCAGCUGAUCGAUGGAAGCUCUGAAAAAACAAAUAAUGGAUUAUUGGUUUCAGACAUCAAACAGACCCAGGACUUGAAAGGACAUGAAAAAGAGCCUCAGUCCCCAUCUAAGAAAGAUUUAGAAGAAUGGUUUGACACCCACAAUUUAACACACCUGAAGCUUACAUUGGUGGAUCUUCUCAGCCAGGGCACAGUAGUUCUGAACAAGAACAGCAGUAUCAUGCAAAAAAUCCACUUUCCAAUCAAGGCUGUCACUCUCUUUGAAUCAAGACUUUCUGAAGCUAUUGAAACCUAUCAGCAAAGAAUUCAGUGGCUCAUGGAAGGCAGCAGGAAGAUUUUUGGCCUCCUAAAGGGGACUAAAGUUGGAGUCCUGAUAGAUGUUUCAAACGUUAGCUGUAACCUUCAAAAAAAGGAGUUCCAGUAUGAUCUGUUGAAUCUUAUAGAUGAGCAGCUAAGCAAAAAAGAACACUUGUACCUUCUCUCCUUUGGUACCUAUCCCUCAGCUCUCUGGCCAAAUCCAGUAAAGGUCAAUAAAUCCAUACUCCAAGAAGCCAAGGAGUGGGUACAGAUGCUACAGCCCCGGGGAGGAAGCAAUCUGCUCCAAGCCCUGAGAAAAGCCUUCUUGAAGAAAGAACUGAAUUCUUUGGUAGUCAUCUUAGGUAGCUGCCCAGAUCAGUCACCAGAAAUUCUAUCAGACUACAUUCUGCAGUGCACCCUGGGAAGGAAUCUGGUCUUCCAGACUAUCACUUAUAAAUGCAGCAACCACAUGCCCAUGGCUGUUGUCAGGAACUUUGCAGAAGGUAUUAGAGGCUAUUACCACUGCUACACACUAGUACCGGAGGAUCAGAAUUCUGCCAACAGUGAUGUAGUCAAGCUCCUUAAAGAGAUUCAGAAGGCUAAGAAUAUUCUCAGCACCAUCAAAGAGAUGUACCAGAGCAAGACUUGUGAAGCAUUCAGCAACAUGGCUCGGGAAAUUUCUGCAGAGUUUACAAAAUUGUCCUUAUCCAGCUUCUUACCCAAGCCUCCAAAGCAUGAGAGCCCCCUCAAAAUUAAAAUUCCAAACUUCCUGACCAGAACCUCUGCAGACUGGCUGAAGACAUAUGGAUUGAAAGCUAAGAAGUUAAGCCUUUACCAAAUUUUGGCUCCCAAUGCAUUCUCACCCACGGAAGAAUUUGUACCCAUUCUCCAGAAAACAGUAUCUUCAACUCUUCAUGAGAAAGUAAUGAUGCAGUUUGAAUGGUAUGAUGGAAGUGUGAAGAAUAUCCAUGUGGACCCACCUCUUCUGUAUGACUAUCAGAAGCAGCUCAGCAACACCAUACGGAUGUAUGAGAGGCGGAUUGAGUGGCUUUCUAUCUCUAGCAGGAGAAUCUGGGGCACAGUGUGUGAAAAAAGGGUAGUUAUACUGGUGGAUAUCUCAAUGACCAAUUCCAUGUACAUUAUUCAUAUCCAACAUUCCUUAAGACUUCUGCUUGAAGAACAAUUGUCAAACAAGGAUUGCUUCAACAUCAUAGCGUUUGGAAGUAUAGUUGAAAGCUGGAGACCUGAGAUGGUUCCCUUAACCCAAGAGAAUCUGCAAAGUGCCUGGCGCUGGGUCCUGUCUCUGAACUGCAAGGGCAGCAGGAAUGUCCUCAGUGCAGUGAGGAAGGCAGUAGAAGUAGACUUCAAGGAGAAAGACAAAUUCAAUUCCCAAGGCAUCUACAUCUUUACUGGUGGAGUCCCUGAUCAGGAAAUGCCUAUAGUGAGUGCCUACAUUGCUGAGACCUGCAGCGGCUGUGAUCUGAAGAUUCACGUUUGCCUGUUCCACAUCAGCGAGCUAGAGGUGGAUGGCACCGUCCCUGCCCGCUAUGCCAACAGGACUGACACAGCCUCUGCUUACAAGGAGGUCACACAGGCUUCUAAUGGGAGAUUCCAUUGGUUUGGUGACACAGGCAUCUUCGAGAGUGAUGAUAUCAAUGUUAUUUCCUUGGAGAUGGAAAAGGCCAUCAACUACUCCCAAAAGUGUGCUUUGCUGGUAGCAUCCCUCAAAAACCAGUGUGGAAACCUGGCUGAAAGCCCCCCGGCCCCCAAAGAAGAGCCAAAGGUGGCAAAGGAGAAAAGUCAGCCUCGGAAACUUUGCUGCCCUAAGCCCACCUCACUUUCGCUGGCUAGAAUGAACAAUAAAAGUGAUGCUGACAAGACUGUCUCCACAAGGAAUUCGACAUGGCACUCAAACACCAGCAGACCAACCAUCACACCAGGCCAGCCAGUGAAAGAUUGGGGUUCAAAUAAGGGAAAGAAGAAGAUCAAACCAUCAAAGAAAGGGUCAGCCACAUCUUUCAUACUGAUUAUUGAUCAAGGGAAAGAUGCCGAUGCAGAGCAAAAGAAAAAUGCACUGAUAAAGGCUACCAAAAAACCUAUUUUCUCCAAUGAUCUUCCCCAAAAAGAUGACAUUUCUUCAACUGAAGAGUGGUUAACAAGUUGCAGCUUGAAAAAACUGAAGCUAGAACUGCCCAAACUCUUGUUUGGUGCAAACUCUAUUCAUCAGAAGAAAAUGGAAGAUGCCUUAGAGAAGCAAUUUUCAUCUAAAGUCCAAACCUACUUUCCAGCCACAGAAAUCAAGGGCAUGAUAAAACAUCUGCAGUGCCAGGACAAGGAUUUAGAAGAGUAUAUAGAACAGACAGAGAAGGCAAGAAAGUAUUAUAUCACACGAAUUCAGUGGUUGCUGACGGGAAGCCGUCGUCUAUUUGGCACUAUUUUGGAGAAUAGGGUCUGUGUCAUGAUAGACCUAUCAGAGUCCAUGGGAUUACAUCUGCAGCAAUUGAAGAAAGAACUGAAUUUGCUAAUUUGGGAACAGCUGAGAAAAUGUGAGAGCUUUAACCUGCUCGGCUUCGCAGAAGACCUAUAUGCAUGGCAAGAUAGACUGGUAGACUCCACAGAUGAAGCAUGCCAUAAUGCUGUGCAGUGGGUGACCAAAAUGGAAACCCAUGGAAGUACCUCCAUCCUCAGAGCUUUACUGAAAGCUUUCACUUUUCAAGAUGUAAAAGGACUAUAUCUUCUGACUGAUGGAAAGUCCGACUUGAACUGCAAUCUCAUUCUAAAUGAAGUUGAAAAGCUCCGGAAGAAAAAAAAUAUUAAAGUACAUUCCAUUUCUCUUAACUAUUCAUCUAAAAAAGAUAGAGAGACAAGGUCAGCAAUUACAUUUCUAAAAAGGUUGUCCAACAAUACUGGGGGGCGCUACCAUCAUUGCCAAAUGGAGUUGGAAGACUGCAUGGAGAUUCAUAGAAUGCUGACCGAAGAUAUAACUGAAAAAAAUGAUUCACUUUUGCAGUUAUUUGAAGGAGAUGACUUAAAAAAACUUAAUCAAGAGCUAUACAAAGCCAAGUAUUUCCUAAAACAGGCCCAGUCUUUCAGAAAUAUACUACAGAAGCACAAUGUUGAGGAAAUGGGAAAUCCUGUUUAGAAAAGAGCUUUCAGUGUGGCUUGAAAGGAGUGGAAAACAGCAGAACUAAUUCAUCUAUCCAUUCAUCCAUCUAGCCAUCAAAAUGGGCUGAACUUCUGCUCUUUGGAUCUUCU